UCGGUGCCGCCUGCCCGCCACCUGCCGCACCAUGGGCAGCGCAGAGGACGCGGUCAAAGAAAAGCUGCUGUGGAACGUGAAAAAGGAGGUGAAACAAAUCAUGGAGGAGGCUGUCACCAGGAAAUUCGUGCAUGAAGAUAGCAGCCACAUCAUUGCUCUGUGUGGUGCUGUGGAGGCUUGCCUCCUGCAUCAGCUAAGACGCCGUGCUGCUGGCUUUCUGCGAAGUGACAAGAUGGCAGCCCUGUUCACCAAAGUGGGGAAGACGUGCCCCGUGGCUGAAGAUAUCUGCCACAAGGUGCAGGAGUUGCAGCAACAGGCAGAGGGCAGGAAACCCUCGGGAGGCAGCCAAGAAGCCCUUCGGAAACAGGGCUCUACCAGUGGGAAGGCCCCAGCUCUCAGCCCACAGGCCUUGAAACACAUAUGGGUACGCACAGCACUCAUGGAGAAAGUUCUGGACAGGGUUGUACAGUACCUGGCCGAAAACUGCAGCAAGUAUUACGAGAAGGAAGCAUUAAUGGCAGAUCCUGUGUUUGGCCCAAUCCUGGCAUGUCUCCUAGUGGGACCCUGCGCCUUGGAAUACACGAAGCUCAAGACAGCUGAUCACUACUGGACUGACCCCUCUGCUGAUGAGCUGGUUCAGAGGCACCGUAUCCGGGGUCCCCCUAACCGUCAGGACUCCCCGGCAAAGCGCCCUGCCCUGGGGAUCCGGAAGCGCCACUCUAGUGGGAGUGCCUCAGAAGACCGGCUUGCUGCCUGCGCCCGUGAGUACGUGGAGUCUCUGCACCAGAACUCAAGAACACGCCUGCUCUAUGGCAAGAACAACGUGCUGGUGCAGCCGAAGGAGGACAUGGAGGCUGUCCCUGGCUACCUCUCCCUGCACCAGUCUGCAGAGAACCUAACCCUGAAGUGGACUCCCAACCAACUCAUGAACGGGACUCUCGGGGACUCUGAGCUAGAGAAGAGUGUUUACUGGGACUAUGCCUUGGUGGUGCCCUUCAGUCAGAUCGUCUGCAUUCACUGCCACCAGCAAAAGAGCGGUGGCACGCUUGUGCUGGUGAGCCAGGAUGGCAUCCAGAGGCCGCCACUACACUUCCCACAGGGAGGACACCUGCUGUCCUUCCUGUCAUGUCUGGAGAAUGGGCUGCUGCCUCGUGGACAGCUUGAGCCCCCGCUGUGGACCCAGCAGGGAAAGGGCAAGGUUUUCCCCAAGCUACGGAAACGCAGCAGCAUACGGUCCAUUGAUGUGGAGGAGCUGGGUGUAGGACGGGCAACAGACUACGUGUUCCGGAUCAUCUACCCCGGACAUAGGCAUGAACACAUCACUAUUAACUACCACCACCUAGCGGCCAGCCGAGCGGCCUCGGUGGACGAUGAUGAGGAAGAGGAGGAUAAACUACACGCGAUGCUGUCAAUGAUCUGCUCGCGGAACCUCACAGCUCCCAAUCCGAUGAAAGAUGCUGGCGACAUGAUUGAGAUGCAGGGUUUUGGACCCAGCCUAACAGCCUGGCACCUAGAGCCCCUGUGUGGUCAUGGCUCCUCCUGCCUUUCCUGCUCCUCCAGUAGCUCCCCAUAUGCAACCCCCAGUCACUGCAGCUGCAUUCCUGACAGGUUGCCCCUCCGGCUGCUGUGUGAGAGCAUGAAGAGGCAGAUUGUGUCCCGGGCCUUCUACGGCUGGCUAGCCUACUGUCGCCACCUGUCCACGGUGAGGACACACUUGUCUGCACUGGUGCAUCACAACAUCAUUCCACCAGACAGGCCCCCGGGGGCCUCAGGUGGCCUCACCAAGGAUGUGUGGAGCAAGUAUCAGAAGGACAAAAAGAACUACAAGGAGCUGGAGCUGCUGCGGCAGGUGUAUUAUGGAGGCGUGGAACACGAGAUUCGCAAGGACGUCUGGCCCUUCCUGCUUGGCCACUACAAGUUUGGCAUGAGCAAGAAGGAGAUGGAGCAGGUGGAUACAGCAGUGGCAGCAAGGUACCAGCAGGUGCUGGCAGAGUGGAAGGCCUGCGAGGUGGUAGUGAGGCAGCGGGAGCGGGAGGCUCACCCAGCCACUCUCACCAAGUUCUCCUCGGGCAGCAGCAUCGAUAGCCACGUGCAGCGCCUCGUGCACCGGGAUUCCACCAUCAGCAAUGAUGUGUUUAUCUCUGUGGAUGAUCUAGAACCCCCUGGACCUCAGGACCCAGAAGAUUCCAAACCAAAGCAGGAACAGGACCCAGGAGCUGGCACUCCGGGCAUAGCAGCUGCAGAGCAGCAGUCUGUGGAGUUCGACUCUCCAGACUCGGGGCUGCCUUCCUCCCGCAACUACUCUGUGGCUUCAGGCAUCCAGUCCAGCCUAGACGAGGCACAGAGUGUGGGCUUUGAAGACGACGGUGCUGGAGAAGAUGGCUCCGAGGGUCCAGCCACUGCAGCCCACACUUUCCCGGGACCCCAGGAUCCAGGCCAGGAGCUCGCAGCUGUGUGUGCCACAGCCUAUACUAUAGAAUUACUGGACACCGUGGCCUUAAAUCUGCACCGCAUAGACAAGGACGUGCAGAGAUGUGACCGCAACUACUGGUACUUCACGACCUCCAACCUCGAGAGGCUCAGAGACAUCAUGUGCAGUUACGUGUGGGAACACCUAGAUAUGGGCUACGUGCAGGGCAUGUGCGAUCUCCUGGCGCCUCUCCUGGUCAUCCUUGACAAUGACCAGCUGGCCUACAGCUGCUUCAGCCACCUCAUGAAGAGGAUGAGCCAAAACUUCCCCAGUGGGGGUGCCAUGGACAGCCACUUUGCCAACAUGCGCUCCCUCAUCCAGAUCUUGGACUCAGAGCUAUUUGAGCUGAUGCAUCAAAAUGGAGACUAUACUCACUUCUAUUUCUGUUAUCGCUGGUUCCUGCUGGAUUUUAAAAGAGAGCUGCUGUAUGAGGACGUGUUCGCAGUGUGGGAAGUGAUCUGGGCAGCCAGGCGCAUCUCCUCAGAGCACUUUGUCCUGUUCAUCGCCCUGGCCCUGGUGGAGGCCUACAGAGAGAUUAUCCGUGACAACAACAUGGACUUCACUGACAUCAUCAAAUUCUUCAACGAGCGGGCUGAGCGGCAUGAUGCCCAGGAGAUCCUGCGGAUUGCCCGGGACUUGGUCCACAAGGUGCAGAUGCUCAUAGACAACAAGUGACGGCUGCAGGGGGCGGGGCAGCAAGGUGUAGAGCCCAGGUACCAGGCCCCUGAGCUCCAGCAGGGCGAGUCAGAGGCCAUCAUAGCCCAAACUGCCUCACCCGAUCCCUUACCUCCACCCUCACCCCCGCCAACCCCACCCACUCAGCUGUGUAACCUAACAAAGUGACUGAGCCUGGGAUGUGAGUGUGGGCAGUGCUGGCCCUGCAGGGCAAGUUGGGGUCAGGAUGCCUGCAGAUCACAGCUGGGUAGGAGGGGUCGGCCUCAGGAGACUGGCUGCCUUGGGGGACGCCUUCUGUGUUCCCCUCUCAAAGAACUUAGAAUAGCCCCAGUGCCGCCUGCAGCCUCAGCCUGGACUGUUUCCCAAUGCCUCUUUCCCGUCGACCUGGGGCCCUGUAUGGUUAGUGGGGUCUACAGUGGCCUGCGCCUCAUCUAGCAAGAGUUGAUACGACCAGGAGCUCUGUGCCAUAUCUCUCCUGAGGCCUUCUGUGGUCUCAACUAGCUGCCUGUUCAGGCAUGUGUCCCAGGGGCAGGCCCUGGCUACCUCCCAGGCUCUCUCCUAAGAUGCUGGGGGCAGUCAGAUGUGGGCCCUGGGUGAGAGUGGUCCACCUCAGCAGCACUGCCACAGCCUCUGGCCACGAGGUUAACCCCAUGAUCUCCCCACAGUACACAGUGACCCACCCACUCGUGUGUACAGUAUCACUCUCUGCACCCUGCCCUUGCUUUCUGCACUAGAAAUCCCUAGGACUGCACACAAGCAGCACACUCGCCGCCGCCCGCUGUGUGGUGUGGAGGGAGUGGCUGUGCUUGCCCUCCAGAACCACGCCAGAGAGUGUAGGAAGAGAGUCCUGUCACAACCCCCCUCCAAGGACAGGCCUGUGAGUUCCGGGGACCUAUUACCUGUUCCAGACAUCCGAGUUCCUGGGGCCGAGGGAGGUAGGGGUGCCUGGACAGUCCCGGUUCAUCCCCAGGGAGAGGCAAGGCCAGCUCCACUUUCCAUAGGCUUCUCAGGGUCCUGAGAAGCCUGGAGCCCCAGAAGGGCCUUUGGAAGAGUUUACAGGGUUGUCGAUAGAGGUCCAGCCCUUGACCUAAGGUCUAGGCAUGCUGCUUCUUUGUUCUGUCACCCCCACGUCCCCACUGUCUGAGCACAUGUAAGCCAAGUCUGAGGCCUGGAGUCCACACCUUGCCUGGCUCCUGCCUAGAAGUCACCAAGGUCCACAGACUUGCUGCAGCUGAAAAACACGAGAGAGGACCAGCUGCAUUCUGCACAUAGCACAGCCUUCUCUACCCCACCCCCACCCCCGGCACCUCACAGCCUGUGUGGGGCCAGCCUACCCCAUCGCCCACCCUUGUUCCUGACUCCUCAGUCUCCACCAAGCACGGGUGGCCAGUGUGUGCCUGCCUUAGUGACUCUGGUUUUGUGAGGAGCAGUGUAUGGGGUUUUGGGUUUUGUUGUAUGUUUGUUUAUUUGGUUGGUUGGUUUUUGUUUUGCUCAGAAACUAUACUCUUCAAUGUAACAGACAAAUAAAAUGCAUUUGGCAAUGCC